AUGCAUUCAGUAAGUGAUGAUAUUUCGGACAGCGAUGAUAAUUCAAAUGAUGAUGCUGCUGAGUUACAAGAUGAUAUCUCAAAUUUAAUUUUGGCUCAGUUUGAGAAGGUGACACGUUCAAAAUCAAAGUGGAAGUGUGUUUUAAAGGAGGGCAUGAUGAACAUUAAUGGGAAUGAUUACACUUUUAGUAAAGCUACCGGAGAAUUUCAUUGGUAA